AUGAAUUCAUUGAAAGAGGUAGAGAAAAAGAGAAAACAAGUUUUCAAGCCGCUUCUUGAGAAUCCUUUCACCCAAGCCCAGUUUCCGAGAAUAGAGCCAAUUAUCCAAGAACAGCUACUUGAGUUUCUGCUCCAUAUUUUGCUAGAUGUCAAGAAAUACAAUACUCUAGUUGACUCCAAACCUUCCUUCAAGGUAGAAAAGCCAGAGAUCUUGAGUAAUAUCACAUUGGGAUUCAAUAGCACUGUCCAAGCAUUAGAAAAUCAAGCACAAGAUAAAAAACAAACACCCAAGCUAUCAUUUAUUGUUGUAUGUAAAGCUGAUAUCCAACCACAGCUACUCAUUUCACAAUUUCCUGUUCUAUGCUACACAGCAUCAAAACAGGAUCAUAAAAUCAAGCUAAUCCAACUGCCCAAAGGAAGUAUAGACAGAAUUGAAGAGGUUUUGGGAAAGAAAACAGGGAUAAUAGGGUUACAAAAUUUUGAAAACUUGCCAGAAGGGUUCAUAAAAUUAAUAGAGGAAGAAGUGAAAAAUAUUGAAGUACCAUGGUUAGAAAAUAUAAGCUUUGUUUCCCCAAAGAUUAAGAUGUUGAAGACAACUGCCCCAAUAAUGCCUAAGAGGAAUAAGCAAAAGACUAACAAAGUCCAAAAGAGUUGA